AUGUCAAGCAUACAGCUUCGGCUCGAAGACGACGCUUCACCAGCGUUCGCGGAAAAGGUCGUGGGCAUUCUCAACCCUGCCAUCGCCACCGAUAGCCAUGAGUCACAUGCCGAGGCCGCUGCCGCCUUGAACUCACUCUUCAUCGAAGACUACACGGCGCAGAAAACGGCGGGAUCAUUUUUGUGGUGGUUUUGGGAUCUUAUACACGACCUUGCACGUCAGAUCCCAUACAACCGACCCGAACAGGACCGGCUGGCGGCGAUCAUCAACAAUCUCACCAAAUUGCUGUCUAAAACUGUCGAUCUCGGCGAGAACUGGGGUGCCAGCUCUGUUCAAGUAUGGGCUAAGUUGCCCAUGUUUGGUAACACCUUCCGCGAAAAGCUCGACGACGACGAUACGCGGGUUUCUGAUGAGAGCUCCAAGAAGGAGCGACGGAUAAACCUCCAAGCGUUUGCAGCCAGAGUCGCCUCCUUCGGCCACUUCCCCUUCGAGGUCUACGCGAUUUGGGCCCUCGUCGACGCAUUGGAGGGUACCAUGACCCCCAUCCGUGGCGCUCCAGACGAAGUCAACUCGGAUCCUACUGCGGUAGAAGACAUAUCAUACAAAGUCAAGUGCGCAGCAGUGUGGACGAUCCAUGCAGGGCACCUGCUGUAUGGCCGCGAUGAGGAGAUUCCGGGCGCCACGGCCGGGCCUCUGUGGAAGCUUGACAAGAAGGAAGCUAUGAAACUUCGGCGGAAGUUCAGAGGUACGGAUGGAUUGUGUUCCGAGCGAUGGAAGCUGUGGAAGGAGAGAUUUGGGGUCGUUCGUAAUGAUGAUCGACUGGAUGACGAGACGCGCGGCAUAGCUGGCGAAGCAUACCGGGUGAUGGAGAAGACUGAGGAUCAAAGCAACAACAAGUAA